GUCAGUGGAGCCUGCAUAUAAUGAUGUAUGGUGUAUUGUGUAUGGUGUAGAUGUCAUGCGGCCUGUUUGUACUCGCUAGGCGGGAGAAUGCACCGGAGAGUGGUGACUGGAGUGUUGAGAGAGUGUGGAGUGAUUGACUGGCACUGUGACUGUGCUGAGUCUGCACUUGACUGGAAUAGAGUGACGUGGAUGUGCUGCUGCGUUUCAUUCUGUAUACACUCCGCUGAUCAACCAGCUCAAUUCGGUGUGUGUAUGUGUGUGCGCAUCAGCCACAGUGUCAAGGUUUUCAAGAGCUCUCUCUCUAUUCUAGCCUAGCUCAGUACUAAAUUCUUUGCUGUGGUGCGGAACAGGAGCACACAGCUAGUCUCUUUGCUUGGUCUCCAAGAUACUGUAGUGAGCUUAGACAAUCUUUGUGACACUUGGUAGCAGCUGUUUUUACCUCUCUCAUACUCAUAGGGUAUUACAGGCCAGAGUAGGAUUGCAAGUCUGAAGUUGAGAACAUUUUUAUAAUUAUUGGACAGAGCAAGAGAGUGAGUGAAUAGCUGCAGUAGUUGGGCCUCUGUUUCUGUAGCCGUGUGGAGUUAUAGCAGCACUGUGAGUGUCUCCACUGCCGAAUGUGCUUGCUGUGAAAGCAAGACAGGACACCAUUCACUGAGAGAGUGUAGCUUGGCAAGUUGCUUGCAGCAGCUUGUUUAGUGUGAGGUCACCACCUGCCUGGCAAGAGCUUGAAGUUGAAGGACCUUUGGUCUACCAGGAGUUAGCAUUUCAUGCUGCAGUAGUUUUAUGGAUGUAGCUCUUCCCUAGUCUCUUGCUGAGAGAGUAGUGCUUCACGGAGAGACCUAGCUGAGAUCAGUGCAGUCAGUGGACAGGAGGCAGACAGCUGAAUCCUGGAUACUAGGUUCAGAGAGGAGAGAGAGAGAGAGGAGAGAGAGAAAGAAAGACAAGGCUGACCAGUGUUGGAUAGUAUGGGACCAUCAUUGCAGACUGGUAACAGCAGUCUGCCAAUACGGAGCGAUGUUAUUCAGAGGAAGGGACGAUCGUCCCAGCGCAAGUCAUGUCGUAUCGACAGUCGCCGAUUCAGCAUGCCUUCGUCGCUGUUCGAUCACAACCUUCUCUGCAUACCGCCCACUGUUCUUGCUGCUCAGAUAACUCUGCUAGACCUGCCACUGUUCCAGGCCAUUCCACGCAAGGAGCUGCAAGCAUGUGAUUGGAACUGCAAGCUGAAGCAAAAUGUGUCGCCGCGAAUCGUGGCGUUCAUCGCACAAUUCAACCAGGUAUGUUAUUGGUUGGUGCGUGAGAUCCUCAAGGUGGCCGAGGUGAAGGCACGGUGUGAGCGCCUCACUCACAUCAUCCACCUAGCAGAUGCAUUGCUUGAACUGAACAAUAUCAACAGUUUGAAGGCAGUCAUGUCGGCGCUAUCCAGCCAGCCCGUGUUCCGUCUCUCGCAGACCUGGGACCUACUCAGCAAGAAGGACCAGGCCACCUACACACGCCUCAGUAACCUGCUGUCAGAGGAUAACAACAAGGCUGCUCUCCGGGCGUACAUGGAGACCGCCGCUCGACCUUGCAUCCCUUUCCUGGGCAUGUACCUGACCGACUUGCUCUUCCUGAACACGGCACGGCAAGGCGCUGAUCCAACCAUGGCCCACACCAGCAAGGAGCGCAUGCAGGCACUCAUAGACAACAUCUGCGUGCUGCAGAUGUCUAGUUACGAGGAGCUGGAGGAUAACUCUGGUGUACGCGAUUACAUUCAGUCGCACCGCUAUCUGGACGAGAUGCAGAUAUUCGAGGAGGACCAGCACUAUAAAAUGUCGUUAGCCCUGGAGCCUCCGUUUGUUCAGCCACGGCCCUGUACCACAGCCAGUAGUACAGUUGCCAGUACUAGCACCAGUAACUCUUCACUGACAUCGGCAUCAUGUACUGGUCCAUCGUCUGAGUCCUCGCCGGUCCCAGUGGCUAAGCCAGGUGGCGUACUGGGCACGCGUUCGGCCGUCUUGUCCCGUGCCUCUGCACGUGACAAUGCCGGUUCUCUCUCGCUAUCACGCAGUCUAUCUCUGGAGCAACCUUCAAUGCUGCAGGGGCAUCGCCGAUCGCGCAGUAACUGUGAUCGGCAAGACUUCCUCUUCUCGCUGAGUGUGAUUGCUCCGGAGGCAGCUUGCGGUCCACGUCACCUGAUCGACGGUAGUCUGAUGUCCUCUACGCUGUCUGUCGGCUCUGAGGGCACCAUCACCUGCAGCUCUAGUAACGGCAGUGCUGGAGAUAUUACGAGUGUGGAGGAGACGAAUGUCGUUGGUGUUGCAGUGCGCUGUGAGGAGUCUGAUGAUGACAGCGAGAAUUUGCUCAGCAAUGAGUUGUGUGAUAGUGAUGAUUACAGUGACUCUAUGGAUUCUCUUCGCUCAAACUGUAACUGGGACUAUCCGCUCAUUAUUGGUAAUGUUCAAAUUCGCAAGGUACAGUCAAAGCGUGAUCUCGAGCCUUUGUCUCCGACCACGUUCCGAGCAAGACAAACGGGAUCACUGAAGAGCGGGGCAGGGGGAUUUAUACGUCCAUGGAAGACCACGUCGGCACGUGUGUGUGGCAAUGCGCUCGCCUUCUUCCCCGUUUCCAGUACUCGUGCAAGUAAACGCAAAGAACGUCGCAAUACCACGACGUCCAGUGAACCGUUUCACAUCAUCGAUCUGGACAGUGAUGCAAACAUAUCCUGCGACAAAGCACGCACCAUCUGCAUAGCUCGACCACUAGAACUCGCAGUGGUGUUGAAAUUUCAAACGGAGGAGGAGAGAAACUCGUGGCUGAGUGUUAUCAGCGAUACCAUAGCAAAGUCUGGCCAACAUACUGAGCCUGAACCAGCUCACUUGCUGAUAGAUUUCAACGAGCCACUGUGUACUGCCUAGUAAUAGUGUGGUCACGCAGCCGCAGCUCUGUCUCUGCUCCGUCUCUGCUCUGUCUCUGCUCCGCCAUCUUGUGAAUAACUCUACUCUCUCUGUGCUAGCAGAGCAGCGCGUGUGAUAGCAGUUACUGACACUGUGGCUACUAUCUACCAGCUCUACACUGACAGUCUAUAGACUGUGAGUCUACUACCAGCUCUGCAGUGAGUCUACAGACCAUGUGUCUAUCAGCUCUGCAGUGAGUCAGUCUACAUGGACUGUAUGCUAUCUUCUAUAAGCAGCACGGCUGUCUACGUGUUUGCAAGUCGACUGAUUUAUCAUGAUUCGGAUUUCCGACCCCUUCCCCUCGUCCCCGUCCAUCGCGCACCACUUGAUUGAACACUGCUACCUAACUUGAUGGCGUCUUUAACCGAUUUGUCUCUUUUCUGCCACUUGACAAUACCAGCACUGGCAGCAGCACCCAGUGACGGUGAUGAACAGUGACGACUAACAAUGUAACAUACUUGCACGCCCCCCGCUCCUCCUCCUCCUCCUCCGCCUGUCCCCCGCACCCUCACCGCACCAUGCUGUGUACCAGCUUCCUAUCCAUUGCAGCAGCAGCUGCAGCAGCCACACUCGCGCCCCGUUGCACGGGACUUGACCAUCACCGAGUUGGUGUAUAGCUUCGUGCAACCGUGUGUGUGUGUGUGUGUGUGUGUGUGUGUGUGUGUGUGUGUGUGUGUGUGUGUGUGUGUGUGUGUGUGUGUGUGUGUGUG